GAUGUUAGAUCUAUACCGGUAGUCAAAUAACUUAAUGUAGAUCAAUAAUCUUAAUGCUAUUAAGUAAUAUCAAUAGAUUUACUUCUCAUUUUUGCAGAUGAAAAGAAGAAAGCCAGAGGAGGUAGCGAAGCACUACAUUAGUUGUGGCCAGGACCCAGACUGGAUCCAACAAAAAUGGGUGAACAAGGAAAAAGCCGGAUCAUCUGUUGGUGUACCAACCCUUGGACCUCUUUCUCCUCCUAGAGUCCCACAGAGUCCCACUAAGGAACGCCUUGAUCCUCAAAAUUCAUCACGAUGUAAUGAUGGAGCUGGAUCAUCUGGUGGUGUUUUAGCCCCUGGACCUCUUUGUCCUCCUAGGAAAAAUCCUACCCUGGUACCCCUCAAUCGUCAGGAAGAUUCAUCAAGAGGUACUGCAUAUUAA